AUGGUGAUCCCUCCCUUCCAUCGUCGCCAAAUCGGCGUCAGCAGCAGCAACCCAUUUUCGCAUGGAAACGGCUUCCCAGGAAGCGGCGGCAACGACAACGGCGGAAGCAGUGGUGGAGCGAGUACUGGCACAAACACCGGGACGGGAAAUGGGAGUGGCAGCGGCAGCGGGGGUGACGGCGGAGGCAACAGUGGAGGCACCAGUGGAAGCACCAGUGGAAGUGGUACUUCGGGCAGCGGCGGUACUUUGACCAGCGGAGGCGGCACGGCCACAACUGGAGGCAGCAGCGACACGUUGGGCGGUGGCUACGACAGCGGCCGCGGGCCCGGAAAUGGCCUUGGAAGCGGCUACGGCCCCGGAAUGUCCGGCCUCGGCUCCAACGCCAUUGCCGGCAUUGCCGUCGGGUCUGUGCUCGCCUUUUUCCUCAUUGCGGCUGUGCUCAUCUGGCUAUGCACGCGGCAGCGGCGUCGACAGCAGCUGCAGCAGAACCAUGAGCAGCAAGUUCUUGCCAAGGCGAUGCAAACCCAUCGGCUGGAUCACCAUGGCGACGACGCAGCGGCCUUUGCCAAAGAAGCGAACGGCUCGCGCGUCCAGCUGCCGCAACCAGGACUGCCUACUCUUCCCGACGACCCCCCGGCCUACGAAGAGAGUCAGCAGCAGCAGAGUGUUCAUGACGUUGGACAUAUUCCUUCUUUUGGCCAGAGCAACGCGGCCGACAUCGAACGCGCCGUAGGAUCCGUUUCGGACGGGUUUCGCCAGUACAGCCCACCGCCGCCAGUCAACGAUGUCGGCAACAAAGGGAGUCUCGACAUUCCGGAGAGAAGGCCAGAACAUGGACAGCAGUUAUAA